CAAAAUGGCCGACUUAGAAGAAGGUUUUACCGAAAGCGAUUCUGAUUUAUCAGAUCAAGAGGUCAGAUUUGGUAGUUUUGAAAAUCGGUCUAUAUUAAUAUAAUCUUUAAUUAUCUUACGCUCUGUAUACUUUACUUUCACAGCUUCAACGAGAUUUUGCAAGCGGUAAACUUCAAGUCGGUUUGAACAGACUCCAGCCAAAGAAACUCGCACGUGUUUAUAAUAACAACAUUGUGAGUUCAACAUUUUGGUAGCAAGUACACUUACUUAUAAUAUUCUAAAUCUGGAACUCUUUUGAACAGCUGUACUAUUAUUUGUUUUCUCCGGAAAGCUGAAAACAAAUCCUAUUCCCACUUGCAUGUAUUUGGUGGCUUUGUAGCAAUCAAUGGCUGUUUUGAAAGAGCACUUAAAUCAAACCAAAACAUUAAAUAAAUAUCAGUCUGAAUGAAAGUAUAUCAAUUUCUGCAUUCAGUGCAGUAGAUUUCGCACACAAGAAGAUUGCAUAAUUAAACAGCUGUUGCUUCAGAUCACGAGCCUCUGCUGGAACUAAAUGUUGCGGUCUGUACCAAAUUAAACCACACUGCUCCAAAACAAUCUGGUUCAAAGGCAUGAUUGGUGUAGCCUCUCACACAUAUACAUACGUUCUUAGCGGUGUCUGACACAUUCCCAGGAGUUCACCCAUUGAACCAGGAGUUGUUAUGGAGUUGCAGAAGGAUCGAAGUACUUCUGAACAUAUAUCGUGUUAUAAGUAGGGUAAAUAUUAAGUAUGUUGCAGAAAACUACAUUUUUUAUUCAAACAUAUUUUAUUGACAAAGUCUGCGAUAAGAGUAACUGAAAACUCAAUUACCAUGACACGCAACAUCUCCUGCAUAAUUAUUCUAAGCUUUGUCCUUAAAUGACAUGGUUCUCUUUUACCACAUAGCCUGCCAUGAAGCGAAAACUAGAGCAAAUUGCUCAAGAACUUGACUGGCUUGAAAGAAUGGACGUAACUGUCACAAGAGAUCAGGAUGAAGAAGGUGUUAAUCCAAAGACAUCAGCAACAUCUACACCAAGUAGUGAGAAAAGCUUACAUGAUGACUUCCAACGAGAAAUGAGAUUGUAGGUUUCUUUACAAUGUACUUUUCACUGUGUCUAAAGCAGAGAUUGUUGGUACUGUGACAGUGUCCAGUGCAGGUAUCGUAAACAGAAUAAAAAAUGGUCUGAAGAAUAACAGGGACUCAAGCUGGGUGUCUCUACAGAAGGGUUUAACCCUUUAAGUCCCAAUGGAGACCAACAGCAAUUUUCUCCUAACGAUAUCCAUACAUUAUCAUGAAAUGAGGUUAUGAGAAUUAAUUAAAUGAUCACCUACGGGAAAAUACUUUGAUCUUUUAUCAAAUUCUCUCAACUCAUUCUUUAAGGAAAUGUGUAGAGAUCAGUUUGGAGAAUUUGUAUGUGGAUGUUGGAGUUUAAAGGGUUAAGGCAACAGAGAGUUGACAAAUGUUCUCAUGUAAAAUGCAAGUUGAUAACAUUGUUCCAAAAAAUGGAGAAGCCCUCAUUAAUCUCUGAUUAUCCCAUUUGCCCUUGAAUAUUUUGCCCAAAAAAUACACCAUUUAAAGCUAGUGGAAUGGUUAUGAUUUAUUGAUGCAUAUAAUUAGAUCUUGUGGAAAUUAUUUUCUUUGGAUGAGAGUCAAAUUUCACAGUUAUAUGCUCUGCAUGUGGAACAUUGUAUAUAAUUGUUUAAACCUUGUACUCUACUGAACAUGAACCAAACCUUCUGAUUUAUCUCACAGUUUGUUUCUGUUUCUGUUUUCUCACUGUAAGAAAGGUGUUUAAGUAACUUGGAACUUUUUUUUAAUUUUAGUUACAGGCAAGCCCAAGCUGCUGUCAAUAUAGCUCUCCCUAAACUUAAGAAGCUUGACGUAGCAACUAGGCGACCAGAUGACUACUUUGCAGAAAUGGUAAAAACUGAUGAUCACAUGCAAAGGGUAGGUGUUAGACAAGAAAUCCCAAGCUUAUACUCACCUCCUGUUCUUGUGAAGAGAGAGGAGGGUGGCGAGGGAGGGAGAGAUUGUAUCAAAAAGCCACAUUGCAUGGUUUCUCACUGAAGCCAUUCAUUAGCAAGUCUCCUUGAAGUCAAGUGCUUGUUUAGUUACUUAUGUCGCUAGAAUUUCCUUUUACCAUGUGAACAGUUUAGCCAAAUUUCCUCCAGCUUUAUUACUUCUAUGGGAAAUUACUACUUUUAUGGUCAUAAGGCACGGUAUUUUUUUAAGAAAGUUUGCUCGAUAGAUCUAAAACCAUUGUAAUUUUGUGGUGUGUCUUACAAUCAGGUAUCUACCUCUGUGAUUUCUGUGACAUGCUUAACAUUCACAUCAUGUAUUUUGUAAGUGCAGUGUGCACAGGAGUACACUCCAAAACCUAACUUCCUCCCCUGCUGUACAAAAAUAGAAUGCAUUUGAAUUUGAAUUUCCAUGUCCUUUAAAAAGAUCCACAAUUUAGAAUGAAGAAAGGCAAAAAGUCAGAAGUAGUAUACUGUGUCGGUUUAACAACCCAAUUGAGCUACAUUUUUAUCACAUUUAAUGAUAACGUUUUUGUUCUAGGUGCGAGCAAAGUUACUCAGCAAGCAGCAAGCUAUGGAAAGAUCAGAGAAAGCAAAGAAGCAGCGUGAGAUGAAGAAAUAUGGCAAAAAGGUACCUCAAAAGCUUUCUUUGUGGUGCUGAAUUAACCCUUUUUUUUAUAGUGGCCAGAAAGGAAUAUAAUUUCACAAAAAUGCCACAAUAAUAUGAUUUUUGUAUAAUCCUAAGGAUUAUUAAUGACUUCUAUGCAAAAGUUCUGUCAAAGACGUGUGAUUAGAAUGGUAAUAUCAGGGGAUUUUGCCUUUACCCAAACACAAAAUGCUCCUGUAGAGUUAUGAAGAAGACGAUAUCAAAAAAUUUCUCCAGGGAACACUAACCAUAAUAACUUUUUCAGGGAUUUGUGUAGGCAUGGCGUUAAAACCUUUGUCAACUUUCUAUCCAUGUCCAUCCUUGCUAUCCAUUGCAACAGACAACAGGAAACAGUUUCAAUGCCUAAAUAAUGUAUAUUAUCAUUCGAUGCAAAUUUUUCUUCCUUUUCAUUGGCCGAAAGCCCACCAUGUGACCUGCAAAUAACUGCCUACAAAUAAUGGUCUGCUCAGGCAUAAUACCGUCCAGCUUUGUUUAGCAGCAAAUAAUAUUCUGCUCAGUUGAAAUGAAACCACGCUCUCCAUCUUGCGAUAACUCUUGCGUGAAAAAUGGCAGAUCACUUUGCUGCCCAAAGAUAUUCAUUAAAAACCAACUUGGUGAUCGAAUAAUAAAACAGUAUUAUUGAUCUGUCAGUGUCUUGCAGAUCUGCUUGCCACUGACAAAUCACCACAUUUUGCUCAACCUUGUCCAAUAAUUGUUAAGUAGUAGAUAGCAAAACUGGACAAUUGUUUUUUUAAUUCAAUUUAUGCAAGAAAAGGUUUAGCUUUUUAAAAAGAUAGUGAAUGGCACAACUUAGCCUCUUUAAAGAGAGAAUGUGAUUUUUAGGUUCUUUAAUAAAACUGUUAAUGUCAUACAUCUUGGACAAACAUAAAGAAGUCCUUAUGGCAUUCACAUUCAUUUUCACGACCUAUGUGGUACAGUUUGGGCACUGUAGCAAAUGAGAUGCAGAAGGAUCAUGUUAGCAAGGCCUAUCGUUCACAGUAUAAUAUGUGACAUUAACUCAGCCAGGGUUCUUUGUCAAUAUCUAUAGGUUCAACAAGAAGUUUUACAAAAAAGGCAAAAAGAAAAGAAGGAGAUGAUGGAAGCAGUAAAAAGUUUCAAAAAACGUAAGUAUACAGCAAGGCUGACUGCCGGUUUUAUGAAAACUUGAUGGGAGUCCACAGUGCUGUGAACCCAUGAAAACCAUGGUGUCAAGCAUAGGACUUCUAUGAAAAAACUAAGAUUCCUAGUUGGCCAAGAGCAAAGGGGCCACUGGGCACAGCUAGAACACAACCCUGAUACAUACCAAGUAACUCGUUGUAGGGAAAUAAUAAUUAUAACACUCACUUUUCUUGGCAGAGUCUAUGCUACAAAGGAAAUCAUGUCAGAGGAGAUUAUUGCUGCAUUCUCAGAAACUCAUUGGGGCUAUUUUAGAUGGGAUCAAUGAUUUUACAUUCUCUUUGCAGAAAAACAAAUCUUAAAACUUAGGGCAACAGUAAAAUUUUUUUGUAAAUGUUAUCAAAAUGUUUUGGCGCUAAAAAUCAUGGAAAUUCCGCCGCUCCCCCUGAAUUUGAAUUUGUUAAACGAUGGCCUUUUUAUUCUUCUAUUUUUGUUUCAGGUGGUAAGAACACUCCAAAUUCAGAUGUAGCAAGAGCCAGUGAUGAAUUUCAAAUUCAGGCUGAGAAAGACUCCUCGAGUAUCCACAAAGGAAAAGUUGUUAGACGGUGAGCUUUUACCGUGAAGAUGAAAUUGUAACUGAGUAGCUGCUAUAAUAAGAAAUUGGCUUCAACCAAACUAAUGUAGGUAUGAGGGGAAAUAAAAUUGCAGGAAUUUUGUGACCUGAGUAGGGCAAUGUUUCUGCUUUUUGGUAAAUUUGUAAAAGUCGCUCCUGAACCAAAGCUAAUAUCUUUAUAAAUACACCGUUACACAACGAUGACUGGUAUGGACUUAAGUUUUGCAGUUAUUGACUCGUUAUCCCAUCAUGCUGGUAUUAACACAGGAAAAUAAAUUUCGUAUCUCCCUACGGUCGUGUCUUCUCAUGUAUUUGAAAACGUUUUUUUUUUCUCUUUAGUGGAAAAGGUGCAAAGAGAAAAAGGAAGGUAAGUGAAUGUUUACAUGACGUUCUUUUAUGCAGCAAGAACCUUGCCCUUGUCAUGUUUUUUCAUUACACUACCAAGGAAAUUUCUCAAUGGAAAUUAAACGUGACGCACGUUUUCUUUCUUGAAAACGAAGAGCAAACUAGCGGGAAAAACAGUUCCGAACGAUGUUUGUCUCUGUUUGUCUACUAAACAAAAGUCGCCUGUAGUAACUUUGAAGAACUUUCAAAAUCUGCAAAAAUCGAGGGGACUUUCUCGCACGGCGCUCUUCAGUUGUGGCUUAAAUGAGGCUUUUUCUUCCAACUCGCGAUCGAAGCAAAUAAAUUUUGUUAUGGCUGUUGCUGAGCGCAGGCAAACAAGCAAGUUAUGAUUGGUGAAGUGAAAUCUCAUGCUCAACAAACCAAUCAGAAGUAAGAUCACGAGGAAUCAUGACUUGUUCGCACAUGUUUGCCGUGUUUCGCGUCGCUUACACGUAUUUUCUUGAGUAUCAGCUCGCGUUGUGAUUGGCCACAGAAAUAACCGGUUCUUAAAAGCACACACACACACGUCUUGUUCUUGUUCUUUUUUUUAGGAUGCUAAAUUUGGCUUCGGAGGACUUAAGAAAGGAAUGAAACGGAAUUCAGCACAGAGCUCUUCAGAUGUGAGUUCGUUCAGUGCGGCAAAACACAGCAAAGCACCAAAAGCAUCUCGAACAGGAAACAAGGUAACUUAAGGAAACUAAACACUGUUAAGGUUGUAAGACGAGACGACUACUUUCUCAAUACUAAAGGGCCGACCAUUUAAUUCUUGAGGGGAGUGGGGGAAGGGAGUGGGAGUGGGGGGUUAGUGAUUUUGAAAAAAAAAUUCCUGCAAGCGCUUGUCGGAAGAAAAAAAUUGCAUCCAGCACAAAUGUAAUAGAAAGCUUAUGGGAAAAAAGGGAAAAAAAAUAUCCUGCCCACCAGAUUGCUAGGAAAAAAAAUUCAAGUAUUGAUGACCAGAAAUCACCCACCCCCCCCCCCCCCCCUCAAGAGUUAAAUGGUCGGCCCCUAAGUAGUGCGCGCACGUGAACCAGUAUCAUUUUGGCGGGAAAACCCAUAGCCGUCGUCAUGAGCUUUAAGGAUGUUACACGGUACGAUUCGCAACGACGAUUUUUAGCGCAACACAGCGUUGCAAUGCUGGAACAAUGUUGUAACUAUUCAAAACAAUGUCGCAACAAUAUUGCAACGCUGUGUUGCGCUAAAAAUCGUCGUUUCGAAUCGUCUCGUGUAACGUCAGCUUUAGCGAGAAAGUCGUUGUGGCGGAAACAAGUUAUCAAAUGUUAGAAGUUUUAUCUUUUUGCGCUCGGCGGAGGGCUUAACCACCUUCAAGAAAAAUAAGAGUGUUAACUUUUUUCUCGUUAAAAAAUGUACAAUGAAGCUUUCCGGGGUGUCGUUUCUUUUAAAUACGCGAAACAACCUUAAGAGUUAUAAAUCUCGUCUUCGUGGCCGUCCUCGUCCCAAAUCUAAGAGUCUCUAAUAUUCACUUGAGAACGACCUUAGUCGACUACGGACGACGGCUAAACUUUCGCUGGAUCACAAGAACGUUACAUCCAUUGUAUUUUGAUAUUUUUACUCCUAAUUCUUUUUCAGGGUAAAAAGAGAAAGAAUGUUCGACCUGGAAAAUCACGAAGAAAACAGAUGAAAAAAUAGGAAAUCGCUUCUAGAAAUGAGGCUAUCGCAUUGGAAUUGAAGAAUUCAUAUGAAAUCACAGGACAGAUUCUUUGGACCGUUCAACCGGUGCAACUUUGCUCACUCUCUGGAUGUCACCCCAUACACUAUCCUGCGUUUGAGAUGAAAUUUGAAGUAAAAAAACAACCAAACUAAUGAAACUGAAUUUUAUGUUAAGUGGUCGAAACCUAGCCAGUUCAAAUGCCAGCGCUUUUUCAGCUCUCAAUGAGACGAGUUUAUGUUUGUCCCUUGCUGAGCUUUCCUAUCCGGCUGUCAGGAGUAUCAGCAAAAAUUGACAUAAACUAGGAGCCAGUGGCUAUUAGAACGGGAA